CAUGUUGGAACAUUGAGUUUUAGGAACGCAUCCGCGUCCUGUGCUGGCAGCUGCGACCUGAAUGAGUGUCCUGCAUUGUUUUCAUUUGUGAAGUUCCCUGACUGAUACAUUACCUGCCCUAGCCCUAAAGGCGGCUGACACAGCCAUUUGUGCCCAGCAGGACUUGUCUGGUGUUGCAGAACGAGAAGGAGGUCAUGGAGGAGCAGACUGGCUCGCCUGGUGCCAACACGGAUAACAGCAGCCAGAGAAAUGGAGAGGAGAAGCAGAGACGUGCGACCUGGACAAAAGGACGGAAGCGGAAGAAGCCUGUGAAGGACCACAAUGCACCCAAGGCCCCCCUGACGGGCUACGUGCGCUUCAUGAAUGACCGUCGCGAGCAGCUUCGGGCGGAGAGGCCCGACGUGCCGUUCCCGGAGAUCACCCGGAUGCUGGGCAACGAGUGGAGCAGCUUGCCGCCGGACGAGAAGCAGCGCUAUCUCGACGAAGCAGAGAAGGAUAAGGAGCGCUACAUGCGAGACCUGGAGAAGUACCAGAAGACAGAAGCCUACAAGCACUACACCAGGAAGGUGCAGGAGAAACAGAAGGGCAAGAGACACAGGGGAGAUGUCGGCCGCCAGGUAGCCAACGAGUCUCUUCAUGAGAAAGAUGCUGAAGGCAAGGACAGGUCUGUGUUUGAUAUCCCCAUCUUCACAGAGGAGUUUCUCAACCACAGCAAAUCGCGCGAGGCGGAGAUGAGGCAGCUACGCAAGACCAACAUGGAGUUCGAGGAGCGCAACGCGGCGCUGCAGAAGCACGUGGAGAGCAUGCGCAGCGCGGUGGAGCGGCUGGAGGGCGACCUGAUGCAGGAGCGCGGCCGCAGCGGCCAACUGCAGCAGCACCUGGAGACGCUACGGCAGGCACUCACCAGCAGCUUCUCCUCUGUGCCCCUGCCAGGCAGUGGAGAGAAGCCCACGCUGGACACCAUCGACACCUACAUGAAAAAGCUGCACAGCCUCAUUUUGACCAACCCUCUGGAGCACGAGAGCCAGAUCAGCACCGUCAGAGAGGUGGUGAACCUCCUGGAGAGAAGCUGUGGAGAGGUGAUCCUGAGGCUGAGCAUCCAGGGGUCCUCAUCCGACUCGUCUGCUCAGACACCGCCGCCAAGAAGUCCAUUUUUAGUCCUGUGAAGACACACUGCCCGUUUUAUGUCACUUUUUUUAGCAUCUCGUGCCCCAAGUGGAACUGUGACUCAAUAUUUCUUUCUUUUAUACAAUUAGAUUUUUUUUGUUGUUGUUAUUAUUCCCUUUUGUAUUCCUCUUUGCCAUUCCAGGGACAGCAGGAAGCCGUAAACCCAGAGCUACUGUGGUAGGUUUUUGUCUUAAGUCCAAAUGAGCAGCUGACUGGAGUUGGUCAAUUUCGUUUAAUUUGUCCCAAACCAUGGUCAAAUGUCCAUAAAUACAUGGUUUUGAAAUGUUUUAUUGUCAAGGUCGGUCAGAAUUUUUUCUUUUCUUUAAUGUGUUAUACAUUCUGAUAAGAAUUGACUUUGUAGCUUGCCGUCACAAAAUUGCCAAGUGUUACAAAAUGUUAUGUCUAAUAAAGUGCAUUUACAGUAA